CUCUCUCUCUCUCUCCCCCUUUCUCUGUCUGUCGCUCUGUGUGUGUAAGACAGAAUACACACUGCCGUUUCUCCUUCCUGUGGAUAAGGAGGAACACUCUAAAGCCAUCAAACUGAUACUGCCGCUUGUGACUUCUCCAGCAGAUGUGAAGACCAAGCAAUGGAUUUUACUGGCUGGGAAAUAAUACGGAAUCACAGGGCUGGAGAGCAGAAAGUGGAGACUGUCUCUUUCUUAAAGGAUUUUCUUUUUUAGAGUGAGCGUGUCGCUUUUGCUUUUCGUGUGAUUUUUAUUUCUCUCUCUGGCCCCUUCUCUCUCAUUUUCGCUUUUUUUUUUGAAAAAAUAACACGGACUGUCACCGGUGCUUAAUCCUGGAUAGUGUGAAGUUCAACGUGCUGAAGCAUUUUGCCGGCUCCAGGAUGGGGAAUGCAGCCGGGGGGAUGGAUAUGUCCCCGGGGAAAGAGAUCAGGUGCCCGCAGGCGACUGUUCCAAAACAGCCCAUGCCGGUUAACGAAGGGGAGCUGGAGGAGAGAUUCUCCCAUGUGUUGAAUUGUAUGAACCUGCCUCCAGACAAGGUGAAGUUGCUGAGCCAGUACGACAAUGAGAAGAAAUGGGAACUUAUCUGCGAUCAGGAACGAUUCCAAGUGAAGAAUCCUCCAUUUGCUUACAUCCAGAAACUAAGGGGAUUCCUGGACCAGGGUGGGGUCAGGAAGUUCAAGAGGCGGGUGCAAGAAUCAACCCAGGUCUUGCGAGAGCUAGAGAUUUCAUUGCGGACCAAUCACAUUGGUUGGGUGCAGGAGUUUUUGAAUGAGGAGAACAAGGGAUUGGACGUGCUGGUGGAGUACUUGUCCUUUGCGCAGUGUGCUGUCACAUCAUUUAAAGAAACUGCAUGGAAUUUUGUGAGGAGUUUGAGUUAUGUUGAAAGGCACGACAUGGAGAGCACAGACAAUGGAGGAAUUGCUUCUGAAAAGAGCAAACCCUUAGACAGAUCUGUGGAGGACCUCAGUAAAAGCAACUCUUCACCUACCCAUGGAUCGUCCAGAACUAGUAGCCGUCAUCUCACUGUCAGGCACACCAUGCACAGUAGAAAAGCACUGAGGAACUCCCGGAUUGUGAGCCAGAAGGACGAUGUUCAUGUCUGUAUAAUGUGUCUACGUGCCAUCAUGAACUACCAGUCUGGAUUCACCUUGGUGAUGGAACAUGAGCAGUGUGUGAAUGAGAUCACACUCAGCCUCAACAAUAAAAAUGCAAGGACAAAGGCACUGGUGUUGGAACUAUUAGCUGCAGUGUGCUUGGUGCGAGGAGGGCAUGACAUCAUCCUUGCAGCAUUUGAGAACUUCAAAGAGGUCUGCGGAGAGAAGGUGCGAUUCGAAAAACUGAUGGAGUAUUUCCGAAAUGAGGACAACAAUAUUGACUUCAUGGUUGCCUGUAUGCAGUUCAUUAAUAUUGUUGUACACUCGGUCGAGGACAUGAACUUCCGUGUCCAUCUCCAGUUUGAGUUCACCAUGCUGGGCCUGGACGAGUAUCUUAAGAAACUAAAAUCAUCAGAAAGUGAGAGGUUGCAGGUGCAGAUCCAGGCCUACCUGGAUAAUGUGUUUGAUGUUGGCGCGCUGUUGGAAGAUGCAGAGACCAAGAAUGCAGUGUUGGAACAUGUCGAAGAACUUCAGGAUCAAGUAACACAGCUGACGGAGAAGCUGCAAGAUGCUGAGAAUGAUUCCAUGAUGAAAAUAGCAGCAUUGGAGAAACAGCUUAUACAGUCACAUAAAGAAGUGGAGAGUCUCAAGGAGAACUUCAGCCAAUCAGCAACGAAGAUGCAGACUCUACAGGCGCAGAUAACAGACAGAGAGCGGGUGAUCCAACAGCACACAACCUUGGAGCAGAAACUCUCCCAACUGGAGCAACAAGGGCUGAUCAAAAUCCAGCGAGGAGAAAAUGGAGAUCUGGACAUAGAAAUCAUUCCAGUAGUGGUGCACCAGACUGUCGCAACUGCGUCACCAGAACCUGGGCCCAAACCCAGCAAAGAUGCUCCUCCAGCUCCGACAGUCACUGAGAAUGCUGUUGAAGUGACCAGGCCAAGUGCCCACCCGUCUCAAGCCCCAUCGGAAAAGAGUCUCAAUGUGCCCCCUCCCCCGCCCCCUCCCCCACUGCCAAACCUGGCAGAGACUGACGGCGUGCCCUCAGCGGGGGCACAACCUCCUCCACCUCCACCUCCUCCUCCUCCUCCUCCACCCCCAGGUGCUAGCGUCCUUCCUCCUCCCCCUCCACCACCCCCACCGCCAGGAGCACCACCGGCCCCAGGAGCACCGCCGCCCCCAGGAGCACCACCAGCCCCUCCUGGAGGCUCUGAUGCCAUGCGCAUUGCAGCAACAACAGGUCUGAAGGUAAAGCAGCCAAUCAAGACCAAGUUCCGAAUGCCAAUCUUGAAUUGGGUGGCGCUGAAACCCAAUCAAAUCACCGGAACUGUCUUCACAGAACUGGACGACGAAAAGCUGCUGCAGGAGCUGAACAUGGCAGAGUUUGAGGAGCGAUUUAAAACUAAGGCUCAGGGCUCAGCAGUGAAUAUCAACACCUUAAAAAUGAAGGUUACACAGAAGGUGGUGAGUAAGGUGUCACUGAUUGAGUCAAACCGAGCGAAGAAUCUGGCCAUUACUCUGCGGAAAGGAGGCCUGAGCUCUGAUGAAAUCUGCAUUGCCAUUGACAAAUUUGACUUGCAGUCACUCAAUCUGGAUUUUAUUGAGCUGCUGACUCGCUUUGUACCAACUGAUUAUGAGCGGAAAGUGCUGCAGCAGUAUGAGGCCGAUAAGAAACCGCUGGAGGAUCUGGGGGAAGAGGAUCGCUUCAUGAUCAAAUUCAGCAAGAUCCCACGUCUCACGGAGCGACUAAACAUCAUCAUCUUCAUGGGCAACUUCAGUGAUAGCAUUCAGCUACUGACGCCGCAACUGAAUGCCAUCAUUGCUGCAUCGAUGUCCAUCAAAUCAUCAGUGAAGCUGAAGAGAAUUCUGGAGAUCAUUUUAGCAUUUGGUAACUACAUGAAUAGCAGUAAAAAGGGAGCCGUUUAUGGCUUUCGAUUGCAGAGUCUUGACUUGCUUCUCGAAACCAAAUCAACAGACAGAAAACAGACGCUAAUGAACUACAUUGUGGACAUAAUCCACACACAAUAUCCUGAGCUCAGCACCUUUCAUACUGAGCUGCUGUUUGUCGACAAAGCUGCUGCAGUGUCACUGGACAAUGUUCUACAGGACGUGCGAUCGUUACAACAGGGAAUGGAACUUGUCCGGAAAGCUUUCAUGGUAGAGGAUACCAGUUUACUCCUGAAAGAGUUCCUGAGCAGCAACAGUGAGAAAGUGGACAACUUACAGAAGGAUGGCAAAACUGCACAGGAAGCUUACCAGUCUGUCAUUGAGUACUUUGGUGAAGAUAUUAAAACAAUGCCUCCAUCCAUGUUCUUCCCAUUCUUUUUGAGAUUCAUCAAGGCUUACAAGCAAGCUGAGCAGGAAAAUGAGAGCCGAAAGAAGCAAGAAGCAAUGGCCGUUCAGAACACAGAGGACAAAGUAUCAUCGUCCAACAGCGACCAGCCAGAUGUGAAGCCUCUUCCCACGAGGAAUAAAGUCCCUCACAUGGAUCUAAUGGCUGAGCUGAAGAAGAAGCAACAGGGUAAAGAGAGAAUGAUGUAUGAGGGCAAGGACGGAGCAAUUGAGGAUAUUAUCACAGAUCUACGCAACCAGCCAUACAGACGAGCAGACGCCAUGAGGAAAAGUGUUCGGAAGAGAAUGGACGAACAGACCCUUCGCGUAUCCGGAGAAGUCUCGUUAUAACCAGUUGCCUGACGGUCAGGGGAGGGGAGAGUCAGAUAAAUACCUGGGUGAAGAAGCUGGCACCGGUUGUGACUUGCAGCCAUAGCUCUAUACCAUGCUGUAAUCCCAGUGCUCCUGAGAUGCUUCUUGGCCUGCUGUGUUCAUCCAGCCUCACAAAUUUUAUUAUCUUGGAAUUCUCCAGCAUCUGCAGUUCCCAUUAUCUCUUAGUAACAGACCCCUUUUGUAUACACAAUGUAAUUCAAUUGCUUGAUGUAGAUAAUUUACCAGUGCAAAUGUCUUUGAGGGCCCAAGGUGGAUAGGAUUAAGGAUAGAAGAUUCCAAACAUAGCUGAAGUAACAAAGGCUGAGAAUUCUUGAAUAUAUGGGAAACUAGAGGGGGAAAAUAUGACUGUCACAUCAACUCCAUCCAGCAACACGCCCCCAGUGGGUUUCUCUUGGUUAUUGACCUUAAAAACAGAACUGGACAUGUUUCUUGGUUCAUACGUGUUAUUUACGUAUCUGCACUGCUUUAGCCACCUUGCUUUGCAUUUUCUGCAUUUAAGACAAAAGAUGUAGUAAUUAAAAACUGCCCCGAAAUUAACAGGAGCAUUUUCACUGACACACGGACAAUCACAAGGAGACUAAAAACUGAAUUCAGGGUACAAGAUAGGCUGGACUCUAUGACAUUAAGAAGUGAACGUCUUAAUUCCAGUUUAUAGAGAUCUCCCUAAUUUACGAAGGUGAAAUUGCUGAAGGGUGAUUAGUCGCCAAUCAUUCAGUGACAGACGAUUGUAUUUGGCUGUGUUGGUUAUAGAUUAGCUAUUAAAAAAGGUAGCCAUAUGAUUUUUUUCCAGAAGUCCUCUAAUGCUACAAAAAAUACGAGUAUAUAGGAUGAGAAUUCAUUAAUUGUGUAGGAUGAACAUCUUAGUCUGGUCAAAAGCUAUGGCAGAAUCGAAGAGAAACAGCUUAGAAAUUCAGGGAUUCUUCACCCAGAGACUGACUAAUGCUCUAAAAAUCUCAGACUAUGUUGAGUUUGCAUCCAACGUGCCACUGAAAUUAGGAGUACAUCUUAGUACUGGACAGUUCACAACAUAGCCAUUCCAUAUGUAGAUCAAUAGAUCUCAGGUCUCAGUAAAAGAGUAGUUCUUUCACAUUUAGUUCCAGAUUAGGGCUAAGAAGAGAUUUUCCAGCAAAUGACAAUGAAGAACUUCCAAAGGCCUUUUCCAUAUAGUCUCCACUGGGGCACAGAGGGGAGCUGCACUGUCCUCAUCUGUGCUGUAGCUCAAACCUGCUUUUUCACACCUUUCAAGUGAGCUGGUCAUACAUGAGUUGGCCAGAGUAGAUAUCUGCAUUUGCACGUGGUUUCUGCUGGGAUAGGGAGGAGGAUAUUCAGGCCUUUCCCACUCCUAAUUGAAAUUAUGGAGUUAAAGGGAGAAAGGUAACUAAAGUAAAAAUGGGCUGUUGUGGAGAAUUGGUAUCAAGAUAGCCUCAGAAGUUUGGAAUCGCCAGCCCUGAAUUCCAUGGGUUCGUCUCUAGUGAAGCCCUCAGGAUCUGACCAUUUGCAUCAUCCACAACAAUAAUUCAUCUUAACCAAACAUUAUGAUGGAAGAUCAAGAGAUAAAAGCUGUUGGAGUCAUGAUGCACACUCUAAGAUAGUCAUUAGGAUACACAAUCCAGUCACUUUCUACCUGUGAUUAAGCUAAGCACAUCAUUUCAAAGUCAUCAGGUCCCUGAUAUCUAAUGCACCCAACAGAUAAAUCUGUUUUUACUUCUCCAUGUUAUUAGAUUUUUUAUUUUUACUUUUUAUAGGGUAUGUUAGUAGUAGAUUGCACUUGAAAAGAUAAAUUGUGGCAUUAUUUCUUGCAGCAGUAAUUUCACUUGUUAAAAUCUUUGCAGAUCAAUGUAAAUCUUUUUUUUUCUAGUUGUACAUGAGGUUGUAAAUCUUCCUACUAAAUUAUCAUUAAGUAUUCAGUUUAGACCCAUUCACAUCAACACAUCCUGUUUAAAUGCAAAGGAGGAUCAAUGGAGGGGUUAGGAGCGUAACUGCGCAUUUGAUCUGCCUUCAGUCUGUGGGCUGCAGGUGUCAAGGCAAAAGGGAGAGUGUUUUCCUCCAGCAUCUAUGACAAUGAGGUAAGCUGAAGGGACUCAAAGCAAUGGGAACAGUAAUUAAAUUGGCUGUUUUCUUCUGGAUUCUAUGAAAAUGUAUCAGAUUUUGUUGUUGGUAGUGCUAUAUAAAUGCAAGUCAUCAAGUGAUUGUGACUUGCCAUGGAGCAUAGCCAAAACAGAAAUGAUGUUGAUUGCACCUUUAGAGACAAAAUGUUGGUAAUUGUUGCUUCUCUGACCGGUUCUGCUCAGCCCCUGAGGAUCCAAGUCCAGAAGUUGAUCGAUUCAACAGCAAGGCUAGGAAAUUGGUACUUUUUGACUGUUAAACUAAGUCUGUAUCAGUGACCUUCCUUUUAUUAACGUGUGACUGUGACAUGUAGACAGUGCCUCCUAUCUGAUUUGGCCUGUAGGUGUUUGUAACAAACACAUGACUGAGGGAGGAAUUGCUUAAGUAAAUUGAGAUGAGGCUAAAAUGUACAGAGCAAAGUAACCCCGAGGGUAUAGACAGUAAGAGGAAGGCUCAGGUAGAGUAACUGAGUGAAUAAGAAUGAUUGAGAUAACAUAUGGUGUGUGAUAAAAGCAUUUUUAUCAGACAUCUUGUACAUUCUUGACAUGGCAUCUGCUUCAGUGGGAAGUGCCAAUUGCAGUAAAAACUGAAAGAACUGUGGAUGCUGUAAAUCAGGAACAAAAACAGAAUUUUCUGGAAAGGUUCAGCAGGUCUGGCAGCAUCUGCGAAGAAAAAGAAUCAGCGUCAAUGUUUCAGGUUCAGUGAGCCUUCCCAAGAACAGGAAAGGUCACUGGACUCAAUGUUAACUCUGACUUUUUUCUUCACAGAUGCUGCCAGACCUCCUGAGCUAGUGCCAAUUGCAUUGUUGAUCCAUUGGUGUUCACAGCCCAUUCAAAUGGGUCCAAAUUGGUUUGACAGCACAUCUAGACUCUCCAGUAAAGGUCUAAGUCAGAACAUUUAGCUGACCAAAAUAUCUGUCUUGGUGUAAGGAGAAAAUCUGUGCAGACAAUUGAAAGAUGAUGGAGAUAAAAACACUGCUAUACGUCACACAUAUAGUGAGAUAGAAGGGUUUACAAGCUUUAUUGAGAAACAGGACGGACCCAGGAUGAGCAGGUUGUAGCUGAAUUCCACUGAGGCUUUGUGCACUGUGGUUUCCUUCAGAAACAUUUUGAUGUUGAUGAUCAUAUAGACAUUGAAUAUCCAAAUAUUGCAGAUGUUUGUUGAGUUGGUAAAGAAAGGACAGUCAGUCAUUGCCGUAUUAUAGUGGAAUACCCAAAAGUUCUCAACCCAUGUAAUGGCCCGAAAUGUCUUAAAAUGGUGAAGAAAUCAGUCUAAUUCAGUAACGUGGUUUUUUCAAAUCAUCCUUUUUUUUCUGCGGCAGGAAUUGAAUUAAGUUGUGGCUUUUAUGUAAGGCAGUUCUAAAUACAAGUCAAUACGGUAUUUUGUAACUCACUUUGUAAAUAUUUUGUGUCAUAGGAAGUCAAAUACUGAAUUCUGAAGCAGAAAAAAAAUGCCUCAGCCAUAGCCCACGUGAACUGAACAAAAGCAAAAAUCCUUGGGAUGCUAGAAAUUUAAAAUCGUGACAAAAAAUGUUGGAGAAAUUGAGCAGAUGAGGCUGAAACCAUGCAUAGUCACAGAUCUGAAGCCUCAACUCUGUUUCUGUCUUUGCGGAUGCUGCCCUACCUGCUGCGUAAUUCCAGUAUUUUCUGUUUUUAUUCCACAAGGCCUGGUAGUUAGUUUAUUCUUGCAGUCCUUAACAGGCUGUACUUAGCAGCCCAUCAAUCCCAUUGCCCUGAGUGUGUGACAUAAGUAGAUCAUGCUUACGUUGGUCUUCGCCCUGUUUGAGCAGAAACCUUCUAUGCCACUAUUCUUUUUCUUUGCAUCUGAUAAUAUUCAGAACAAAUUCUCCACCUGCUUGAAUCCCAUUCAAGACCUAAAGUGUAAACUUCAACAAGAAGAAUUGUGUACAAAUGGAUUGUAAAAGAAAUGCAUACAUUAUAUUUCAGAGAUUAUACAAAAAAUGAAUGGAUAAUUUUUUUAUGCACUAAUAAUAAAUGCCUGUAUUUCAAA